AUUUCUCUUGUCAAUAGACAUACAGCGCCUUAUACUGGGCGGAGAGUGCAGCAAGCACUACAGGACAUUUCUUCAUGUAGGAAAAUGCACAGCAACUCUAGAUUUCAUCUGACAAAUCAGAAGCGAUUUUGUAGCCGAGCACUGAUCCAGCAACCAAUGGGAAACAGCGAAACAGGCGCGGAUUAACGGAUUUGUUACAAGGUGCUUUGUUGUGAUUUUGGUAGCUGCUUUCAAACGACCAGCUGUACACGUUUAGGGCUACAACUUGAAGGAUGAGUCUGUCUUUAAGGACUGAGCUGGCAGUGGAUAAAACCAAGCGGAAGAAGCGGAGAGCGCUGACUGAGGAACAGAAGCAUGAAAUCAAAGAGGCUUUUGAGCUGUUUGACACAGACAAAGACAAAGAGAUAGACUACCACGAACUCAAGGUGGCGAUGAGAGCUAUGGGUUUUGAGGUGAAGAAAGUAGAUAUACUGAAGAUACUAAAAGAUUACGACAGAGAGGGAAAUGGCAAAAUAACAUUUGAGGACUUUAAUGAAGUUGUGACAGACCGUAUGCUGGAGAGGGACCCAAAGGAGGAGAUCCUGAAGGCCUUUAAGCUGUUUGAUGAUGACGACUCCGGGAGGAUCAGCCUGAGGAACCUGAGACGUGUGGCCAGAGAGCUAGGAGAGAACAUCACGGAUGAGGAACUACGCAGCAUGAUCGACGAGUUCGACACAGACGGAGACGGAGAGAUCAACCAGGAGGAUUUUGUAUCCAUAAUGACUGGAGACUCCUGAUUGAAGGGCUGCUGCUCUGGAGGCUUGGCUAGGAGGCUGAGGCUAUAGAUUCACUGUGGGAUGGAUAGGUCCCCCAGGUCACUGAGGGACUGCUAAAUAGGUUACCUUGUCUCCUUUCCUUUACAUUUACAUUUAAGUCAUUUAGCAGACGCUCUUAUCCAGAGCGACUUACAGUAGUGAAUGCAUACAUUUCAUUUCAUGCAUUUGUUUUUGUAUUGUUUUUGUACUUUAUCUACACUGACCGACCAGAACUGACCAGGGGAAGUAGAGGAGAGGAGGUAAGGAAGCCACUGUAGAGUACUGCGACUCAAAAUCUCCCAAAUAGCACUGCUGUCGCUCUUGUUCUUUUCUUUGUUGAAACAUCUUGUGUGUUUUUACAAUAUGUCUGGUGCAAAUACAACCAAAUAUUGUAUGUUCUUUUAUUUUAGUAGAAUUUAUUUUCAAAAUUUUAAUAGAUGCACUUGCUGCGCUGUGUAUCCAUACCGUACAGAAAACUGUACAGAUUACAUAACAGGUCAUAUCUCUGAAACAUUCCUUGUAAACUUCAACGUUUUCAAUAGUAUUUCUGGAUGGCGGUUUUAAAUACAAACUGCUUUGACCGACCACAUUUUGUAGUUUAGUAGACCAUUUUUAUUUAAUUAUUGCUUUUUUUUUCUCUUUUUAAUGUUAUUUAUUUUACAUAAUAAACACAAUUGACUGACUUCUGCUCUUGGAUCGGUAUGUCUGGUAUGGAACCUCUUGACAAAAUGGGUGCAGACCAAGGUUAUUAUAGUUUAAGUUUUUAUUUCUAUUAGUAUUUUUUUUAUUUGAAAUUCAGUUUAUUUUCAGACUUGAUUUACUAGUUUUUAUUUAGUUUUAGUUUUAAAGACAUUUAUAUUUAGUUUUUAGUGUUCUAACAAUGUGAUUGGUCAAUAAUUGAACACAUUUAGGGUGCGUUGUAUGGUUUUCAGCUUUUAAUACAUUAAUUGCAAGAACUGA